AUGGCUCAUCUGCCAGCCUUGCCUGCCCUCGGAGACUACGUAGCGCCGGAUUUCACAUUGACUGAGGAAAUUCCAAAUGGCGAGUGUCACCGGAGGAAGACGUUCGAGAAAUCAAGUGAAGUGCAUCCAAUUAACGCAGUCGAUGCGGCAAUGGCCGAGAUUCGAUACAAUUCUGUGCGUGUUGUACCUGUCCACCCCCAACUGAGGGCGAUGCUUGAAACCCUCCGAGAUGGCCAAAACCGAAUUCAAGUUCGGUUACAAAACUUCCAAAAUGCCCAAGGCCAAUUUCAGGUUGAGCUUCGGGAUGACCUUCAUGCUCAUGGACAGGCUCAACAACGGGGUCAUCUACAAGUCCAGGAGGCCAUAAAUGACUUCAACACGAAGUUGGACACAUUCAUCCGCGUAAGUACCGCGAGAAGCUUCAACCAAUCCAUUAAAUACAACCAGCGUCUCGUACCCUUUCAAGUGCCGCCAAAGAUCCUUGCCGGUCAUCCGUUUGUGGACCAUCCGAAUGUUCCAGGGGUCAACUUGAACCACGUUUAUCAAGUUGGUGCCGAUCCUCCCAACGGUCUCGUCCCACUCAAUUUUGGGGAAUUGAAUGACAUGAGGGGAGAUAUGGCCAACUCUCUCAGUAGGCUCAGGGCGUUAUUUUGGUUUUAUAAUGACCCUCGGCUUUUCAUCGCCGACAAUGCCACCGAGUCCAGAUGCGAAGAAGGAUGGGACAACUUCAAGACUUAUAUCAGGAAGUGA